AUUAGUGACUGAAUCAGUAGCACCUGCAUGGCAUCGUUGCCAUCAGUGUGUGAAUGAGAGGCCAAUUCUAAAGUGCUUUGGAUAAAAGCGUUCCAGCCAUUUAUGAUCAGCCGCUCCUCUGAGACAAGCUCUUGACCUUUUUCUAGCUCAGAACACUUCUGUUUAUUUUCCCCGUUCUACUUCCCUAAAUCACUCCCAGGCUGACGCUCCUUUUUAGGAUAAGUUAUGAGGUAUGACAUAUUCUCAAAAACAUGUUUGUGAGUAUCAGGAUUCCCUUGAGGAGAGGGAAGUCAGCCAGGCAGCAGCUGGAGGAGAGCGGCCUGUUUGACGAGUACAGGACGAAGUUUCCGUACAACCCUGCAGCUAAGUUUCUCCCCAGGAACGAGCAGAGUGAGGUGCCCUUGACCUUCGACCCAGACACAACAUACUAUGGAGAGAUUGGUAUUGGGACUCCACCUCAGUUCUUUAAAGUCCUCUUUGACACCGGCUCCUCCGACCUGUGGGUCCCCUCCGUAAGCUGCACCAGUUCUGCUUGUGACCAACAUGCAAAGUUCAGCAGCUCAGCAUCCUCCACGUUUGAGGCUGGCACAAAGACGUUCCGCCUCUCAUAUUACAGUGGCUAUGUAGCAGGGAGUACUGGAUAUGAGCUCAUAAAGAUAAGCGAUCUCUACGUAGCGCACCAGAUCUUUGGCCUCACUGAAACAGAGGCAACUUUCCUGGGCUCUGUGCCCUGGGACGGGAUUCUGGGUCUGGCCUUCCCCGGCUUGUCACACGAAGGAGGCACACCUUUAUUUAACAACCUGUGGAACCAGGGCAAAAUCCCCCAAAACAUGUUCUCCAUGUACCUGAGCAGUUCUGUAGAGGGCAGUAUGUUAAUGCUGGGAGGAAUGGAUUCCUCAUAUUACACUGGAAGCAUAAACUGGAUCCCCUUGUAUAAGGCCACUAACUUCUGGAACAUCCAAAUACAAAGUAUCACCAUCAAUGGGAACACGGUUGCAUGCUCUGGGAGUUGUGAAGCAUCAGUGGACUCUGGUACUUCUUUCAUCACCGGCCCUAGCAAAGAUAUUAACAACAUCAACGGUUGGUUGGGAACCUCCGCAAAUCAGUAUGGCGAGGCUGUUGUGAGCUGCAGUAACACAGAUCUCCUGCCAGACAUCAUGUUCAACAUAGACGGCUACAGCUUCGCUCUUCCUCCUUCAGCCUAUGUCAUAAAGUCUGCGUCUGGGUGCAGGACCGGCUUUGCUGGGGUCCCUGGCCCCUGGAUCCUGGGUGAGGUCUUCAUGCGCCAGUUCUACACCGUCUUCGACGUCAACAACAGCAGGGUGGGCUUUGCUCAGGCUGUGUGAACACACGUGAAGAGCUGGGCCAGUUUUAAAUGAUAUUAUUGAGGCUCAAGUCUGAGAGCUGUGAGAUAUUUAGAAAAUAAUUCACUUUAUUUUUAUAACAACGAACAAACUAUCCUGUAAAAACGUUCAUAACUGUGAAUGAAACUAAUAAAAUAUUACCUUUCA